AUGGUUUUCUAUCCGCCGCGCAGCGUGCCGCCGCUGUCGAUCAUUCCCGAUGAUGUUGCAAUUUGCGACUUUAUGCUAAGCGAUGAACACGGAAGAUAUCCUCUGCAUAAGUCCCCGGACCCUUUUACCUGCGGUCUCACUGGGAAAAGUUACUCGUGGCUGGAGGUGAAGGAACGUGUCGAUUGUCUCUCGCGCGCUCUUGCCAGUGAGUUCAAUUGGAGCCCAAACAAGGGCACAGAGUGGGACAAGGUUGCCGCGUGCUUCCUUGUGAACACAAUAGACACUUUGACCCUCUUCUGGGCAAUUCAUCGAUUGGGUGGCGUAGCAACACCGGCCAAUGCUGCGUACUCUGCCUCUGAAUUAACAUACCAAUUAAAAGACUCAAAAGCAAGCGCUCUCUUUACAUGCCUUCCGCUUCUGGGUACUGCAUUGAAAGCCGCAGGCCAGGCAGGAAUCCCGAAAAACCGGAUAUAUAUUGUUGACUUGCCUUCUGAAUUUGUAUGCGGUGCAAAAGUGCCUCCGCAUUUUAGGACUUUAGAUCAGCUCAUUCUGGCAGGAAAAUCGUCCCCGAAGGUGGAGCAAUUGAGAUGGAGCCCCGGACAGGGGGCUCGCACGACUGCCUUUGUGUGUUACUCAAGUGGGACAUCGGGUCUUCCUAAAGGGGUGAUGAUUUCUCAUCGUAAUGUCAUCGCGAAUGCUACACAAAUCUGCACUUUCGAGAAGACUUUUCGCCCAGCUGUCCAGGAAGGUCAUCAGAACACGCCAUUUUCUGAAGUCGCCUUAGGCCUUUUACCGCAAAGUCAUAUAUAUGCAUUGGUUUAUACAUGCCACGCCUUGCCAUAUAGGGGCGAUAGUGUCAUUGUGCUUCCAAAGUUCGAACUCAAAUUAUUCUUGAACGCUAUUCAAAGAUUCCACAUAUCUAUCCUUUUCCUGGUACCUCCGAUUAUAAUAACCAUGCUACGUAACAAGGAUCUACUGAAAGAGUACGACUUAUCUAGUGUCACGUCAAUCUUUACCGGAGCUGCACCUCUAGGGGCCGAAACCUCUAGAGAAGUGCAGGACAUGUUUCCUCGCUGGGCAAUUAGACAAGGUUAUGGGCUGACUGAAACUGCAACGGUUGUUUGUGCAACACUACCCACGGAUAUUUGGUUUGGCUCUAGUGGUAAUGUUCUGCCAGGAGUUGAAAUGCGGAUAAUUUCUCCAGAUGGAAAAGAGAUUCUUAAGUACGAUACUCCGGGCGAGCUCUUGGUCCGAUCGCCUAGUGUCGUGCUAGGGUAUCUGCGCAAUGAGAAAGCUACCAAAGAGACAUUUCAAGAUGGCUGGAUUCAUACGGGAGAUGAAGCAAUGAUACGCCUUGGACCACAAAAGACUGAACAUGUGUGGAUUGUAGACCGCAUCAAGGAACUUAUCAAAGUCAAGGGCUUACAAGUGGCGCCGGCUGAGCUUGAAUCUCAUUUACUCGAACAUUCCAUGGUAGCAGAUUGUGCUGUGAUUGGGGUUCCAGACGAAGCUGCCGGUGAAAUCCCUAAAGCAUUUGUUGUGAAAUCGCCGUCUGCACAACCAGACGAUGCGGCUGCUACGGAAGCACUCAAAAAGCACGUAGAAGAUCACAAGGCUCGACAUAAGUGGCUAAAGGGCGGUGUUCAGUUUGUGGAUAUUAUUCCAAAGAGUCCCAGUGGCAAGAUCUUGCGGCGACUGCUGAAAGACCAGGAGAGAGAAGCAAGGAAAAAAGCAGGCAGUAAGCUCUAUAUUUUUACAUUGACUACCUUGCCUUGCGCUCGACAAGUCAAGUUUGAAAUCGUGCGGGCGUUUUCGAGAGUGGAUACGCGUGUCUCGACGCCUAUUGGCUGCCGCGAGUAG